GGCAAUGGCCUUCAAGUUUGGGGAAGCGCCGAGUACCUACGGUACUAUGCGUGCCACAGAGUAAUGCAUUCGAGCACCCACAAGCGAGCGAGAGCCACCGAUAAACCCCGCAAUUUUUGCGCCAACAUAGUCGGGCUCCCGCCUGGGUCCUGUGCUCCAUCUUUCCAACCAGUACCGUACCGAAGCGACGCUUACUGCAAGCCAACUUGGUCAACAUGUACACUUGUGUCAAUGCCAAUCACGACUAAUCGUGCGCUGGAUCUGUUCGUGGCGUCUGCGUACCUCUCUCAUCAAAUCAUUCCGAGGGCAAGGCCUGUUUGUGUCAGCCGCACGUCAAGAAAACCGAAGGUCUGAUCUGCAUACGCGCUCAAUCUGCUCAAAGCCUUUGCAACGUCCCUCAGCCACGGGUAGAUACCACACUCAACGGUAGGAUACUUAAGAAAUAAAGUACCGUGUCGGACCGGGACACGUCCCCGUGCACGUGGCCAUGGCCAGCAACGACGAUAGCCUGGAUGCACUAUGGCAGGAUCUCGAUUGGGCCAUAGGGCAGAUGUUGAUUAUGGGCUGGGAUGGCACCGAAGUGACUCCCCAGAUACGCAACCUGAUAGAGACUCAUCAUCUGGGCUCCAUCCUACUCACUGCAAAGAAUCUCAAAUCGGCGCAUGAAACUGCGAAACUUGUACAGGAGUUGCAGACCAUCGCCCGCCAGGCUGGACACCCCUACCCGCUUCUCAUUGCGCUAGACCAGGAAAAUGGCGGAGUCAACAGUCUUUUUGACGAAGACUAUAUAUGCCAGUUCCCAAGUGCGAUGGGAGUCGCCGCGGCAGGCAACCCGGAGUUGGCCUACAACGUAGCGAAAGCUACAGCCACCGAGGUUUCUGCUGUGGGCGUGAAUCUGAUCCUGGGCCCUGUCCUCGACGUUCUCACCAAUGCUAGAUACCAGCCGCUGGGCGUGAGAGCCACAAGCGAUGACCCGCAAGAGGUAUCUCAAUAUGGCAUCGCGGCCAUGAACGGAUACAAAGCGGCAGGGGUUGCCACGUGCGGCAAACACUUUCCUUCAUACGGAAAUCUAGACUUUCUCGGGUCCAGUCUCGAUAUACCCAUCAUCACGCAGACAUUGGAGGAGUUGAGUCUCAGCGCCCUGGUUCCUUUCAGAAAUGCAAUUGCCACCGGCAGCCUCGAUGGCAUGUUUGUUGGUGGAUGCGGAAUCGCCAAUCCAUCAAUGAAUGUAAUGCAUGCCUGCCUAUCGGACCAGGUUGUUGACGACUUGUUGAGAAAUGACCUUGGUUUCACAGGGGUCGCAAUCUCGGAAUGUCUGGAAAUGGAGGCUUUGAGCCACGAAAUUGGCGUCAAAGGAGGAACUGUCAUGGCGGUUGAGGCCGGCUGUGACCUUGUGCUCUUGUGCCGUGCAUACGACGUCCAGCUGGAGGCUAUUGCCGGUAUGAAGCUCGGCAUCGAGAACGGCAUCAUUACACGCGAGAGGAUCUACACUUCGCUCCAAAGGGUGCUACGCAUGAAAAGAGGUUGCACGUCGUGGUCCAAGGCAUUAAACCCGCCGGGGAUAUCACUCUUGUCCAAGAUCCAUCCUUCUCACCUGGCUCUCUCCAAACAAGCAUAUGACAGUUCCAUCACAGUCAUGAGGGACAAGGACAAGCUUCUUCCCCUGAACGGGUCAAUGCACCAAGAUGAUGAGCUGCUACUGCUUACUCCGUUGGUCAAGCCGCUGCCUGCAUCUGCAGCCACCAAGACACUUCUCAGGUCCAAGGAUACAUACGAGCAGGCCUCGGGUGUCCAUGACAAAUGGUCGCAUCGUGAAAGGGGCGCUCUAAUGAGCGGCGAGGGUGUUUUCCGGGAGUUCGGCAGGUCUCUAGCCCGGGCUCGCCACGGAAAGCUACUACACACUUCGUACACAGCAAACGGAGUGAGACCAGUUCACGAGAAUCUCAUCGACAAGGCAUCGUGCAUCAUAAUUGUCACGGCCGAUGCGAAUCGCAACCUAUACCAGGCUGGCUUCACAAAGCACGUCGCGACAAUAUGUGCGAUGCUGCGAGCCGGUGGUCAGAAGAAGUCGCUGAUUGUCGUAGCAGUCAGCUCACCUUACGAUUUUGCCAUGGAUAAGACGAUAGGAACAUAUAUUUGCACCUUUGACUUUACAGAGACUGCAAUGCAUGCUCUGGUCAGAGUCCUGGUAGGCGAGUUCACGCCUCAUGGGACGCUUCCAGGAACCCUCCGAAAAAGCAAGAAAGUGCUCCAGUCGCGACAGCAAUGGUUGGUUGAGAGUUACGAGCGAGAACGCGACGCACAUGGGCUAGAUGAUCUUAUUCAGUCUGUGGCGCGAUCAAUGCCCGGCGGAGCCCUUCCAGGCAGCGCCUCAAACCAUAUAGCGGCAGCUACUGCAGCUACUUUUGAGCUUUCAAACCCGCGUGUCGAUGAGGCCCAUUUCGUGGUAAGAAACAGCAGCACCAAGGCCCUCUACGGCUUUUGCGCAACAUACUGUAUCGAAGGGGUUGGUAUUAUUGGCUCCAUCUUUGUCGACCCAUCAAAACGCAACGUAUCAGUCGGCCGGUCGCUGCACCGGAGAGCUUUGCGCAGUCUUAUGCACCGCGGAGGUGGUUGCAACAAGCUCCAGUUAGGAACUUCGUUCCCUGGCGUCUUCCUGGGUGUGCCUAUAGCCGAUUCUCCGCCGUCAGCUUCUAUGGCAGAGCAAGGAGCUACCAGUGCCAAAGCCUGGUUUACAAGCAGUGGGUGGGACGUCCAGUUCCCCAGGCUACUGACAAGCCUGGCAAUUGCCGAUCUACCAUCCUGGGGUGCACCUGAGGGCCUGUUACAAAGCAUCCAACGUGCUAACAUCAGCUUUGAUCUGAUCCACGGCCUCUCGGAGAGUGGCGAAACUGUGCUGGCUCAUGUCAGGGCGCAUGCGAAUCCUGAGGUUCAGGAGUUGUAUCGAGCCGCGUUGGAGGAAACCAAAACGUGUGGCGUGGUGCGCGCCAAAGGCAACAACGAUACCUUACUGGGCACGGUGGUCAUCUCAAGCCCUGGGAGCAACCUUUCUACACACCUCCCAGCCUUUGGCAACCUUCAUGGCGAGGAUACGACAAUCGGUGGGAUCAUCGCGCCAGUUUUGGCACCAUCGGGCUCGCACUCGGGCGUGUUAGUUUUGCAGGGCCUAGCCCUCAUGGGGUUGCGGCAGAACAAAGCACACAAAUCAUCGCGCAGUGUGUUGAGUUGGGUAUACGAUGAUGCGUUUGAGCCGCUCGUGGCAAUGGGGUUUGAAAUCGCGCAGCAGUUUGAGGAAAUCACAAACUCACUCGACAACUGGCCUGACUUGGUAUAGAAAAGGCUGAGUGAAGGCCUUUUGUCUUUCCACUUCGUUGGCGUGUGUCUCUCAAUUGAGUCAAGUCUGGUCGCAAAAAGUGGCUAUUUGCCUCCAGCCCUUUUGAGAGCCUAUGUACCCUCGCAUAGCGAUUUCUGCAGACCAUGUUGACUUGCAGCCAACGUGGGAUUCUGAAACCCCAAUUUGCUCAUUAAUAUCAUCAUUUGUUAUGUCUGGUUGACCAUCAAAUCGCUUCAUGUCGCCUAACAAGCGCUUUACAAUUGAACACAAACAUCCAUUCAUCCAUCAUAUAUUGAUUGCUUCCGGGUCCUGAGUGCGAGACUCUCGAGAAGCAUCAAUUGUAACUCUGGAUAAUCUCAGUGACCUGCCAUGUUGGGUAAGGUCGCAGGCAGCACAAUUCUCAAAAUUUUCUUAGUGUGACUGGUGCAACAGCCAAGACCCCAAUCCAUUCACAGGAGCACCUCUGUGGUCCAACAUUGCACAGGUUAUGGCCGCUUUUAGACAAAUCAUUCGAAUCUCCCACAAACUCUGUUCGGAUCUUGAUGAUCAAAGUUGUUGCCCAUAU